AUGGAGAUGGCUGAAGAAUAUGCCAAAGCAAAUGUUUUAUCACGUCGUGAUGGCCAAGACAUUAUCGAGGAAUUUAAGAUACAAAAUAAAUGUCUCGACAUAGGAUCCGAUUCUGGUAACGUUACCAAGGACUUCUUAUUCCCUCUAUUGCCGCACGACGUCGAGAUAAUAGGGUCGGAUAUAUCGCAAUCAAUGGUAAAUUACGCCCGUAAGAAUAACAGUAAUGAACGACUAUCGUACAUCGUGGAUAUCGAAGGAAAAAUGCCAAAUGAGCAAAUCGGACAAUACGACUGUGUUACGUCCUUUUAUUGCCUACGUUGGACUUACGAUUUAAGAUACUUUUGA